AGUCUAAAAAUACCGACAACACCUGAAGGCAUCAAAAGUUCAAAGUGAGUGACCCCGCCGGAGCCACUGGCAAACAGCUCCAAAGAACCAGCUGCCGAUGUUAUCACCCGGAGACAACUUCUCCCCGUCAAUACAACUUCCUCAGCAGGUUGUUGGCUGUUGUUAGUCUCAGUCAUGCACCGUCUGAGAGCUCUGCGGCUGUCACACUCUGCGUACCUCAUCGUCAAAAACACUGACGCAUUGAAGAAAAGGUUCUUCAUCCAGACAGCAUGCUGUUUGAGCACCAAGUCGACACCGGCCUCUCAGCGACGAGUCAAAAUGAAUUCCUACAGCUCUGGAGUGGAGGACAUGCUUUUCUACACCAUCACAGAGGGAAAAGAGCAAGUUCCCCUUUCAUACUUCACAUCAGCCCUAAAGAGAACUGGCCUUCACCCAUCAGACCCCCGACUGAAGGACUGCAUGGACAAGCUGGGGCAGGCUGUGAAUGAAUCUGAUGGUGAGGCGAUGAUGGACAGAGAUCUCUUUCACAGGUGUGUUGGUGGAAACAUCGUCCUGCUGAUCCAGGCCUUCAGAAAGAAAUUCAUCAUACCUGAGUUUGACGUGUUUGCACAGAAAAUUAAUGAAAUCUACAACACAGUGCAGAGCCACAGUGAUGGGAAAGUUGCAGACUACAUCCCCCAGCUGGCUAAGUUUAGCCCACGACUGUGGGGUGUGUCACUGUGCACAGUGGACGGACAGAGACACUCAGUUGGCGACACAAAGCAGCCAUUCUGCCUGCAGUCCUGCGUGAAGCCUCUACAGUACGCCAUUGCCGUCCACGAGGCGGGGACAGAGAAAGUUCAUCGUUUUGUCGGCAUGGAGCCCAGCGGAUUCAAGUUCAACAUGCUCUCACUGGAUGAUGAGGAUAAGCCCCACAACCCCAUGGUGAACGCUGGAGCCAUAGUGAUCAGCUCUCUUAUCAAGCCUCGUUCAAAUAAGGCAGAGAAGUUUGACUAUGUUAUGGACUUUGUAAAAAAGAUGGCUGGCCAAGAGUAUGUGGGGUUCAGCAAUGCCAUGUUUCAGUCUGAAAAAGAAACAGGCGACAGAAACUUUGCCAUUGGAUACUACAUGAAAGAGAAGAAGUGUUUCCCCCCGGGAGCAGAAAUGAUCGAUGCCCUGGACUUCUACUUCCAGCUCUGCUCUAUCGAGGUGACCUGCGAGUCAGGAAGCAUCAUGGCUGCCACUCUGGCCAAUGGAGGGAUCUGUCCAAUCACAGGCGAGCGUGUGCUGAGCGCUGAGGCAGUGAGGAACACUCUGAGUCUGAUGCACUCAUGUGGGAUGUAUGACUUUUCUGGACAGAUGGCUUUCCAUGUGGGCUUACCAGCUAAAUCUGGGGUCUCCGGUGCAAUCCUGCUGGUGAUCCCCAACGUCAUGGGAGUGAUGUGUUGGUCUCCUCCACUAGACAGAGUUGGAAACAGCGUCAGAGGAAUACACUUCUGCCAGGAGCUUGUGUCAAUCUUCAAUUUCCACAAUUACGACAACUUGAGGCACUUUGUAAAGAAGCAGGACCCUCGCAGACAGGACGGAGAGGACAGGAACAAGUCUGUUGUCAAUUUGAUGUUCGCCGCCUACAGUGGGGACGUGUCUGCUCUGAGAAGGUUUGCUCUCUCAUCCAUGGACAUGGGCCUGAAGGAUUAUGAUUCUCGAACAGCGCUGCACAUCUCUGCAGCAGAGGGUCACACAGAUGUGGUGAAGUUCCUCACUGAAACCUGCAAAGUUGAACCGUUUGUACGAGACAGAUGGGGGAACCUUCCCAUCGACGACGCCCUGCAGUUCGGACAUGAUGAGGUAGUGCAGGUGCUGAAAGAAUACCAGCAGGUUUGCAGUCAGCAGGAAACGCAGCACGCUGAGGCCGAGCAUUCCCAGAAGCUUGACACCAUCGAGGGAAUGGUGUGAUGUCUAUUUUUAAAAAACAGAGUUCUCAAACACGUCAGGGCAUUUGUGCAAUCUGUGAAGUCUGAAACACGAGUCUGUUUGUAGCAAAGGAAAGAACAGAAAGUGACAACACAUUUUCAAAGUGCAGGUCAGGGAAAGAUUCAUAAGUGUGAAUACUAUACAAUAUAAUUAGAAAAGACUGGUUUUAAGAGAAAUGGUAAUGAAUAAGUGUAAAUCUCAACAUAUAAUGCUAACAAAAUCCCUCUUUUCAAAUAUGUACUCCUACAAACAUCAUCCUGGUCACAGUGUUCAUUUUGAAGAUUUGCGUAUGGUGUUAUGUAGCAGAGGGUGUUUUGCAAAGGGAUUUGUCAAACUCAUAAGACAGAUACUGAUACAUAAAACUCUUCUUAUCACUCAGAACAGUAUGUUUUUACUUUGACCUGUUUGUAUAGUAUCUAUAGUA